AUGGUCUUCAACGCAGCAUCCGGUGUCGGCAUCAAGAGCGCUGAGAAACAGUGGGCCUGGAAGUUCGGCCUGCGCCUCGCAUCUCUGAUCAUCUCCCUCAUCGGGAUAGGAUGUGUGGCGGGAGCUUUAUCCACUCCUAGUAAUCAGGCCUUCGUCGAGAUCGCUUUUAGCUUGAUUCCUCUCGGCUGUGGUGUUAUCUGGAAUGCUAUCGCCCUCACGGUGCUCGUAUCCCGCAAGCGCCCUGUCUACCCUGGCGUCGCUGUCGGCCUCGAUCUCAUCCUUUGGCUUUCCCUCAUCCCCGCCGGCUACUUCGCUACGACUGCCCCGAUCUAUACGCAGAGGUGGUAUCUCUCCGACUCCUACACUAGUGUCAGGGGCCACUGGGGCGAUGACGCGAACGGGGUGUAUAGAUGGAUUCCCGAUGAUGUACCCUGUUAUGGGUUCAAUAGCUGUGUAGAACAGGACGCUGUCUUGGUCAGGCGGCGUCGUUUAGUAAGGCUGGAGUAUGUCGCUGUUGCAUGCAUUUUCGUUGCUGUCAUCCUGCACAUGGCCCUCUUCGUCUGGGCGUGUAUUGACACGCGCGCACUUAAAUCAACGCGAGUUCAGAGCAAAGCGAGGCAAACUGCCGACGUUGUGUUUGAAGAAGAGAUGGAGCCGCAAGGCCAGGUACAGCCUGCGGGCCAGCCACUAUCGCAGGCCGAACUGGCACCUGGUCCAGACCCUUUAGUCUUGACCGGAGGAGCUAGAAACCCGGAAAUUUAG